GGAAAUUCCUAACUUAGGAUGCCUAAGUUAGGUUGCCAUUCACCCUGUCUUAAAUCAAAAUAACUGUCACUAACUGAAAAAAAUAUGGCAGCAGCACUGCUUGUAGGUAUCUUUGACAAUGAAGAUGAACACAUUAACAGAAAUGUAAUGGCAGAAAGGCUACUUAGACCGCAUAAUGAUGUGUUAAAUUUUCCGGACCGUGUUUUAAUUUAAUUUUAUCGUCUGCCAAGACAUUUAAUUUUGAAUUUGGUGAAAGAACUACGUCCAGUUCUGGAGAGGCCUUCAAGGAGACAUGGAGCCUUGGCAGUGCUUGUGCAGGUAACAAAUGCUCUGCGUUUUUUUGCCAAGGGUGACUUCCAGACUGAGGUUGCAAGCCUGUCUUCGGUGUCACAGCUGUGUAUUUCACGCAACCUCAUGGAAGUCACCAAAGCCAUCUGCAAUCUGGCACCAAAUUAUAUUCAGUUUCCGCUUGGAGAAGAGCUUCUGCGGAUAAAGGAGGAGUUUUUACAACAGAGUGGAAUGCCAGGGGUAAUUGGGCUUAUUGAUGGGUCACUUUUUCCAAUCAAAGCUCCAAAUGGCCCAAGUGAGCCGGCAUACGUGUGCCGUAAAGGAUACCAUGCCAUUAACGUUCAGGCCAUAGGGGACCAAAAUAUGGUUAUGCGGCAUUUGUUGGCAAAGUGGCCUGGAUCCAUCCACGAUUCAUUCAUAUUCAACACCAGUGAUAUCAAUGCUUACCUGAGUGAGGGCAGGGCAAGUGGAUGGCUUUUGGGAGACUCGGGAUACCCCUUGAAACCCUACCUAAUAACACCAAUCAUGAAUGAGCAGACAGAGGCAGAGAGGAAGUAUAAUGUGCCACACAAAAGGUGCCGUAGCCGUCAGGAGAGGCUUUAUGGUAUAUGGAAAGGAAGAUGGAGAUACCAUGAUAAGAGUGGGGGAUAUCUUCAGUAUUCCCCUAAGAGAGUGGUGAUGUUUGUGAAGGCCACUGCUGUGCUGCACAACAUAUGCAGGAUGGCUAAUCUCCCGGACACUAAAAACAUCCCGGUUGAAGAUGAGGAGGAAGGCCAUGAUGGCAUAGGCCUGUAG